UGUCUCUAGUGCUUGAGUUUUGCUUUUAGUUGCAUAAAUAUUUCUAUUAUUGUCCAAAGAAAUGUUUCGGCUUUCAUAAGUGUAUUGUCUGCUUUAGUGGAAGUGCCUAUUUAAAAAAAAUAUUAUAUUUAAAAAAUAUGUACACAAUAUUUUAGUACUGCAAACAGCGAAUAGGGUUUGCACAAUGUCGGGUCCUAAAAGACGGGAAGCUCCUCCACAAGCAAUUGGAGAUACUAGUGCAAAACGUAGGCGUCGCUGCCUGACAAUAGAAGAUAAAAUAAAAUUACUGGAUCGUUUGAAAGCGGGCGAACGCCCAAUGGAUAUAAGUCGAGACUGUGAAAUCAGCGAUAGUACCAUACGUUCCCUGCUGCAUUGUGAGGUCCAGUUGCGCAAAUAUGCCGAACAGUGUACGAAAAAUACCUAUCGUUCCGCUGCGUAUAUUCCACGAGAUGAAAUACUAGAAAAAAUGGAGCAGCAAUUAUAUGGAUGGUAUCUAGAACAGCGUCAACAAGCUCAACAAGGAGCUCAAACUAUUUCCAGCAUAUGUGCCAAAGCAAGGGAAAUUUACACAGAAUUGAAGAAGAACAAACACGGCACAACAACAGCUCAUAACCACCAAAAAAUAAAGGAGAGCGAAGAACUGCAAUUUGAAUUUCGUGAAUUCAAAGCCAGCAAAAGCUGGUUUAUGAAAUUUCGUAAACGAUAUAAUUUAGAGUUUCGCUCCAUCUUCGAAUCGGAAACUGUUGACUUAUCAGCGGUCAUUGCAUACCCAGCAACGUUCGCAGAGCUGGUGCAAUCUGUUGGUUAUCAGCCACAUCAAGUGUUUACUGCCGUUGAGUUCUCAUUUGCAUGGAAACGUAUGCCCAACAGAACUUUCAUUGCGAUAACGGAUAAAUCACGCGAUAAAGUUGGCUAUGAUCGAAUAAGUUUGCUUUUCUGCAGCAAUGCGGAAGGUAAUUUUUAUGUCAAACCAAUGUUAAUUCAUAGGAGUAGAACACCUUACUGCCUACGCACGACAAAAAUUAGUGAAUUACCCGUAUUUUGGCGUUCGCGAGGACGCCAGUCUCAGGGUUUGCCCAAAGUGACACCGUCACAUUUUCACGAUUGGUUGACACAGUGUUUCACCCCAACAGUACGCAAUUAUUUGCAAGUUAUGGAAAUGCCUGAACAUUGUUUGCUUUUACUAGGUAGUAAUUUGAAGCAAAUGGUGCUGCCAGCAUACGACGAUUCGUUUUUGCGUGUGGAAUUCUUGCCUCCAAAUACAUCACAAUUAUUACAGCCACUUACGCAAAGUUUAUUACCGAUAUUUCAGUGCAAAUACCUACGAAGUUUUCUGGCACAUUUAGUACAUCGUUUGGAAGUGAAGACUGAAGCGAAUUUGUACAAGGCCUGGCAAAAGUAUUCUAUUGCUGACGCAAUUGAUAUUAUACAAGAGUCUUUAGAUGACAUCAGUGUUGAUUGCUGGAAGAGUGGCUGGCAUCGACUUUGGCCAGAGAUUGUGCGUGAACCUUUCUGCGAUUCGCAGCUUACCGACGAAGUUACACACAUUGCUAUUAAUGGCAGGCAAUUACCAGGAAAUGGUUUCGCUGAUAUGACCAUUGAUGAUAUAAAGCAACAUUUAAAACUCGUAGACGGCAGCGAAUGCGCGGAAAAACAGGAACGAAAAGAGACGUCAAACGAAACUGAUGCAGGUGGCUUUGAGAAAUUAUGCUCGCAAACGUUAGCCAUUCCAUCAGAACCGGUAGAUCCAAAUGAAAAUGAUGAACUCAUCAGCUUCUGCUCAGAGCAGGAUUUGCAAUCGGAAGGUAGUGACAUUUCUGUGGAUAAGGCUACGAAAGAAUCGAAUCACAUUAGAAACGGAAUGCUAGUACAUAUUGAUAACGCAGAAAAUGAAAAAAUCAGUGGAUUCGAGUCUGAAGAAGAAGCUGUUAUUGAAUUUCAUCAAACUGAAGGUUUUAGUUUGGAUGAAAACAGCCAGAUUACCGAAAUGUCAAUGCAACAUACUAAAAUACAUGAACAAAAACAUGGGAAAGCACGCAAGCAAAUACAACUAAUAAACAAGGCCUUUAAUUUAACAGAACAGUUAUUAGAAAUCUUAAGGCCAAUAGAGACGAGUACGAGCUGCGCGGAUUUCGCCAAAGGUUUGGAUACACUAAUGCUGCCUUAUAAGGAAUUAAAGAGAAAAUUGCUACAACCUAGCAUAAAAGACUACUUCAGUAAGUAGUUUUGGCCAUGUAAGCAUGUUGCAAGUUGGGUGCUGAGAUUGGCAUUAAUGGACUUUUACAUAUGUAGAUGCAGGAUCAUCCCGGCUACUAUAUGCCUAAAUGCGUGGCGUGUUUGAAAACUACCUAGUAUUGUGUAUAUAUCGUUUUUUCUACACUUCUUUCCACAGAAUAUAGGAAAACAUGUUUGAAAAAAUGUGAUAUCACUUCCAAACGUUCCAGUGAAUGUCAGCCAUCCCACCACCGCAUUCCUGUGUACUAUAAAAGUCAAUCAAAAAUACUCGUGCUCUGGAGCUCUUUUGGGUGUACCCGAAAGCCUGGAUCUCUGAAGAAAUUGCUUUAAAAAUCUCUUCAAAAUCGAACAAAUAAGAAAUUAUAAAUAUUUCAAAGUUUUUCAACAUGGACUUAAUAUGAAAGUUUCCCAGGCAACGGUGUUAUAACUACAAAAUCGUUAUCAAUUAUUUUAUACAUAAAAAGGUAAAAUAUAAAUGCGCAUACAUAAAUGAAGAUAAAUGUUGUGCGUAUUAUAAACAAGCGCAUGCAUGCAGGCCGUGCGAUACUAAUUAAAUCAGAGCUAUAAAAGCCAAACAAUAGCAACCUGGCCACACACUUGCUGGCAUUGCUUGAAUGAAGAAAUGAAUUACCAAUUCAAAGGCAAGGAAAUGCUAUCAAAUUAUUUAAACAAGUCAAGAGAUACAAAAUAAAAACCAACUCACUAUGGAAAAGAAUUACAAACAGAUGUUGUCAUCAAAAUGAUAAUGAAAUGUAAUGCAAAUGAGCUGGGUGGUCUGUCUGAAUUCAACGACUAACAGACCUUGACCGCCAGCUAAGAUCAGGUUAUUGCACUGCUGAAGAUCUGUGACAAGUGAUUUUAGUGUGCGAAGAAUAAAUGGGCGAAUAUAAAAGCACGCGCAAUAAAAUUAAAAGUACAAUUUUAUUUUAUAAAAAGAAAAACUACAUGUUAUAAUGUAGGCGAAAUUUAGAAUGCGGUAUACGUAGUGCCAGCACUUACAUAUGUGCAAGUGUGAGUGCGGAGAAAGUGACAAAUCCAGCGAAACUGCGCCAAUAAAUAUUUUGCUUUUUAUUACUAUUUAUAUUCACAACUUUUCUAUGGUAUUUAUAUUAUUUUUAAGAACUACGUACGCUAUUCAGUCAUAAAAAUGUGUAUUAAAAAAUAUGUAAAAAAAAAAAUACUGUAAAAAUGGAAAGCAAAAUGUGUUUCUUAGUCUUCUUGCAAGUUUGCUUUUUGCUCUAACAUUUUUAUUUAUUUUUGUUUCUGUUAUUUAUUUUUGUCUUUUACGACUCACUUAUGGAAUUUUGCAGCAUUUCAAUCGCUUUGAGUUCAAUAAGCACACACAUAUAUACAUAUGCACAUGCAUUUCUAAGAAAAUAAUUGUUACAAUUUCAUAGUAAAAGCCGGUUUUAGGUACUGGCAUAAACUACAGCAAACAAAUAAAAAUAAAAUAAAAAAUGUGCUCGUGCAAGCGAA